CAACAAAUCGAAGGUAACAACAACAUAAAAGCAAGAUGGCGGGAGUGUCGAUGUGUGAUGUGAGGUGUAAAGAAGGGAACAAGUAAGAUCUUACAGAAAAUAGAUCAUGGGGAACCGUGGUUCCUCUGAUGGAACAACAAGAGUAGGAAAAGAUGUUAUUCAACAAACUGAAAGUACUUCAACGGCUUGGUACGACCUUCUGAACGUCAAAAAUAGCGGAAGGUUGAUUGUUGCGUAUAGGAAGGCUCUAGCAACAAAAGACUUCACCGAAGUGAAUGAAUUGAUCGCUAGUUUGAAGGAAUAUAUGUAUGAUGAUGGAAAUGGAAGGAAUGUUCCUAUAGCACGUCUUGUUCAUAAGAGAGGUUUGUCAAGGGAGGCGGACGUAGAUAAAAACUCUAGGCCGAGUUUGAUUUGUCUCCCGAGGAGAAAGGAUACUAAACGAGUUCACAGCAAUGCAAGUUUACAGGGCAACAGACUUGCUUUGAUAAACAUGGCUUACGGCCCGGAUGCACUAGAGCAAGAGCCAGCACAGUAUCGACAUUUGUGUUGGAAGGUUGGCGAGCUUGGGGCUGUUGGGGAAAAUAUUCUUCAUACAUGUUUCCUGAAUGCUACAAGAACUCACUUUGACCUAGGAAUGCUCUUGAUAAAAGCCUAUCCCAAAAUUAUUAAUGACAUCUACACCAGCGAUGAAUAUUAUGGGGAGAACUGUCUACAUAUGGCAAUAGUCAAUGGAGAUCUUGCAUUGGUGCACUUUCUGUGCAAAAACGGCAUUGAUAUCCACCAGAGGGCAUGCGGUGCAUUCUUCUGCCCCGAUGACCAGAAGUCCUCAAGGGAAGACUGUGAGACACAAGAGAGUGUUGUGCUUUGCACAGAGACUAACUACCAGAGUUUGAGCAACACCUACUGGGGUGAGUACCCCCUGUCAUUCGCAGCUUGCCUGGGGCAAGAAGAUACAGUCAAAUACCUAUUACACAGGAGAGCAUGCCCAAAUAAACAAGAUAGCAAUGGAAACACUGUGCUACACAUGAUGGUUAUUCAUGAUCAAAAGGACAUGUACGAUCUAUUGGUGGAUUACGGGUGCUGGUGUUCCUGUUCUCUCUGCUCCAAUGGUGUCCAGUUGCACAUUAGGAACAGACAAGGAUUUACUCCCCUUACACUAGCAGCUAAACUGGCAAGGAAUGAGAUGUUUCAUCAUAUUCUGACCAAGAGCCGUGAAGUAUUCUGGGAGUAUGGUAACGUGACGGCUGCCGCUUUUCCACUCUGGGAACUAGACACGAUCGGCGAUCAAGGCCAGGUUAUUGAGCGUUCAGCUAUUAACAUAAUCAUACAUGAGGACUCCCAUGAGCACUUGGAGUUACUGGAUGGUAUCGUGCUCAACAUCUUGACUGAAAAGUGGAAGCAUGGAUGUCGCUUCAGGUUUUUUCUUCUUCUUUGCAUCUACAUGAUGUAUCUAUUGAUUUUUAGUGUGGCUCUUGGAAUAAGGCCUUCAGUGGAUCCUUCAUGCGCGGGUAAAUUUGUGAAUGUGACGACUAAUAUCACAAAUUCAACUGGGAACUGGAGCUACAGUAAAGUGAGCCUUGAGCCAGUGAAGUGUGACCCUUGCUUCUUAAGGAACGUGAUCUAUCAGUCAAAACUACACGUGUUCCGUGCUGUGCUAGAGGUCCUUGCCACCAUUUGGGCUAUCUCCUACCUGGUACUGAUAGCCGUGGAAAUGUGUCAUCAGGGGGUUAGAACUGUCUUUUGGGGGCUGGUCUACAACCCAAUCCGUGGUUUAUUCGCAGUCUCCUGUGCCUUAAUUCCCUGUUGCCUGGCCACCCGUUUCGCUUGUCUUCAGAAAGUGGAAGACCCGCUGACCGUGGUGGCCCUUGUCUUGGCCUGGCCCUAUUCCUUAAUGUUUUGCAAGGGGUUUCAGUUGACGGGGCCAUAUGUGGUCAUGAUUUACCAGAUGUUAAAGAGAGACUUCAUCAUCUUCUUCAUCAUUUACGGGAUCUUUGUCAUCGGAUUCUCACAAGCCAUGUUUCUAGCGGUUUCUGGAUACCUGGAUGACUCGGUAGAUGAGCACAUGUUCGCGCGCUGGUUCUCCUCGGGACUUGUUUUAAUCAUCAUGUCACUGGGAGAGUUUGGGGAUCCUUUGGUGCAGUUGGUUGAGUCAGAUUCUCCCUACAAGAUAAUUGGCCUGUUUGUGUUCUUCAUAUUUAUGGUCCUCGGGGCUUUGCUAAUCGUCAACAUGUUGAUUGCUAUGAUGGGUAACACAUACCAGUCGGUGUCCGAGACCAAGAAAGAAUGGACCAGACAGUGGGCCCAGAUAGUGCUCGACAUUGAGCGAAUGCUGACGCCUGGCAAAAGACUCAGGCUACUGCAUAAGUACUCUGAGCCAGUGGGCGGUCAGCGGGCACUCAUCAUGAGACUCCGGCAGCAUAACAAUAGAGAACAGAGUAAAGUAUCCCAUGAUCCCAAGCAACACAAAGCGUCCAAUCCGAGCAAUGGGGCGGCCACAUUCCACAAAGAUGCCGAGUACCUAAAAUAGUACGUAACGUGACCAUCACGUGUCGUGCCGGGUACCUAAAAAAAGCCCGUCACGUGACCAUCACGUGACAUACCAUGACUGGCAGCAGUCAUCGACAUGGAGCAACCUGUUGUAACUCAAAUUCACGACAUCAAUAUUGGUCUCCAAGCGACAACCAAUAACAAGUCGCAUGUCAUGGAAACUGACAUCGCGGAAGUUUUAAAGUCAACCGUCUGAACGCAACCUGAUUUUAAAAAUGUAUAUCUCUAAAUUGUUUCUUUUACCAUGAUGCGUGGAUCCACUAAUUGCAAUUUAUGCCUUCUUGGGUCUAAAGUUUUUGCAGACGCAAAAUUUCCGUAAAUACGGGAAUUUUUUGACGAUGCAUUUUGGCUGAUCUCCGUACUUGUUUACUCGACUGAAGUUUGGGUUGACUGUCACGUGACCCGCCGCGCCAAUUUUGACCGUGACCUCAAAUAGCGCUUGCAUGGGCUCUGUUUCCAUGGUGAUGAGGAAAUGCGCAUCAUCGUUGGUUGGUUCUCCGAAAUUCACCUUGUCAUCCGUGUCUUGAUUUGUGCUGGAAAACCGCUGGACCUUGUCAUUGGGCUCGUAUCUCACUGCGCUGUGAACAGUGGUCAGCGUGAUUUGAUGGCAAGACAUGCGCAGGAUGUCUGUACUGUUGAGCCGCGCGUUGAUGUGCUGCACAGCGGCCUGUGCUGCUUUAGUAAUAUCGGGUCUUUUGUGGUCAGCGGCCUUGAAUUGGAGGCAUGGGCACCAGUGUUCAUCUAUUACUACGGAAAAAAGUUUUGACAUUCGUUAUACGCCUAUUUUAAAAACGUUGCCAGUGCCAAUGGCGAAAGGGAAAAUAACAUUUUUGAACGUUGCUUUGUAUGAUGAUAAAUUAACUAAUCGUAUGAUUUAUCCACAUUGCCGUGUGUUCUGUAGAAAUAAAACGAGCACUUGCAACCUGUUUUUUAAAUAGGUGUAUAUAGCAUGUUUGUAGAUAGCAUGAAUAUUUCUUUGUAUGGUAUGAUUUUAGACUUUUUUUCAUAAAUGUCACCGUAUUUUCUUUUUUAAUCAAAAUUAAUCCACGCAGGUAUCUGCAGGUCAGAAAAAAACUGCGAAUUGCAAUUAUUAAAAAAAACAUUUAUUGGAUGUAUUAAAACACAAUAACAUGCACAUUAAUAAAUUAUUUUAAAAUGUA